AUGCAAAAGAAGUACAUCAGGUAUGUGCACAAGGCACUCGCCAACACCUUCUUUGCAAGGAAGGCAACCGGCACCAUAAAAGAGGGAGAGCUCAAGCUUCUUGAUAAGGGAAUCAAGCCCAUUCUCUCACACACAAGCGAUGGGAAGAGGAUCAGACACUGGAAAUCUCAUGCCCUUCCUGGAUCACCUCCUCACCUAAAAGACCACGGCAUAAAACAUUUGAUUUCAACAAGGAAGAAAGCUAAGUGUUGGAGGUCUCAUCACACCUAUCUUGUGUGCUGCCGGCGUGAACCCAACUGA